AUGGAGUUUCAUCCGGUGCAACACACUCUGCUCUCGGUUUGCUCGUGCCAGAAUUUAUUCUCUUUGAUCUUAUCCUCUUGUUUUGGAACAAAUAUUGCCUGCGUACCAAUAUGCGAAGAGCUUGUUUCUCGGAGUUUCAAGGUUUGGAAACUUGCUGAAUGCUCAGAGGCUCUGAAGGCAUCUGUGACCGAUGAAUGCACUGCGUCAGUAAAUCGUGUUAUUUGGAGUCCUGAGGGUUCCCAUCUUGAUGCUCAUGUCGAUAAUGUUAGUGAUCUUGCUUUCACUCACAUAAACAAACAAUUAUGCAUCAUAAAUUGUGGAGAGGACAAGACAAUUAAGAUUUGGGAUGUUGCCUCUGGUGAUGAGCUGUAUACCUUCGAAGCUCCAGUAGUGUGCGGAGACAUACAGUUUCAGCAAGUGAGGAUGGUAUUAAGGUACUGGAAAAUGACGAAGGUGUUCAACCGCUACAUUCACUUGAGAAUCAUGGAGUUUUUGCCUUUGGGCUGUCUUCUUGAACUGUUGGGAAGUGAUCAGAAAGGUUAA